GGUCAUCUGUGCUGGAGCGACCGGCCGUCUUUCUUCUGUCGGGGCUGCGGUAAAAGUCGUCCACGAUGCCGGUGUUUCACACCAAGACGAUCGAGAGUAUCCUGGAGCCGGUGGCCCAGCAGAUCUCUCACCUGGUCAUCAUGCACGAGGAGGGGGAGGUGGACGGGAAAGCCAUCCCGGAUCUGACGGUACCGGUGGCUGCGGUGCAGGCGGCAGUCAGCAACCUUGUGCGGGUUGGGAAGGAAACUGUUCAAACCACCGAGGACCAGUUAAUGAAGAGAGACAUGCCUCCUGCCUUCAUCAAGGUGGAGAAUUCAUCUUCUAAACUCGUCCAGGCAGCUCAGAUGCUGAAGGCAGAUCCGUACUCUGUCCCCGCACGAGAUUACCUGAUCGAUGGAUCCAGAGGGAUAUUGUCUGGAACUUCGGACCUGCUCCUUACUUUUGAUGAAGCCGAGGUGCGUAAGAUUAUACGUGUGUGUAAAGGUAUCCUAGAGUAUCUGGCGGUAGCUGAAGUGGUAGAAACAAUGGAGGACCUCAUCACCUACACCAAGAACCUGGGACCAGGGAUGACCAAAAUGUCAAAGAUGAUUGAGGAGAGGCAGCAAGAGCUGACGCACCAAGAGCAUCGACAGAUGCUCAUCAACUCCAUGAACACUGUCAAAGAGCUGCUUCCUGUUCUUAUAUCAGCUGUAAAGAUUUUUGUCGCAACCAAGAGCAGUCGAGGUGCCGGUGUGGAAGAGGCCGAGAGGAACAGAAAGUUUACCUUUGAAAAGAUGAGUGCUGAAAUCCACGAGAUCAUAAGAGUUUUACAGCUCACCACAUGGGAUGAAGACGCCUGGGCUAAUAAGGAUAUGGAGGCUUUGAAGAGAUCUCUGGCUUUGAUUGAGUCAAAAAUGGCACAAGCUAAAAGCUGGCUCAGAGACCCCCACGCACAGCCAGGAGACCCCGGUGAGGUUGCAUUGCGUGUGAUACUGGAUGAGGCUGGUAAGGUGGGCGAGCUGUGUGCUGGAAAGGAGAGGAAGGAUAUACUGGCAACCGCUAAGGCUCUCGGACAAAUGACCGACCAGAUCGCAGAUCUUCGAGUCAGAGGCCAGGGUCCGACCCCAGGGUGUAUGCAGCGCGCAGGCCAAUGCUCACAGGGCUUAGACUUGUUAUUUGGCAAAGUGGACAGUGCUGCUCGCAAACUGGAGGCUCUAAUCAAUGCCAAGCAAGCCAUUGCCAGGAGGCUGGAUGCUGCACAGGCUUGGUUGGCUGAUCCUAAUGGCGGUCCUGAGGGUGAGGAGAACAUCAGAGCGUUACUAGCAGAGGCCAAACGCAUUGCAGAUCUAUGCGAAGACCCCAAAGAGCGGGACGACAUCUUACGCUCCAUCAGUGAGAUCGCAGGCCUCACCGCUAGGCUCGUGGAGCUGCGCAAACAGGGUAAAGGCGACAGCCCCGAGGCCCGUGCAUUGGCAAAGCAGAUUGGGGCAGCGCUGCUCACCCUGCAGUCCAAAAUCAACCGGGCUGUGGCCAACAUGAGACCAGCCAAGCCUGCUGUCACUUUAGAGGGCAAGAUGGAGCAAGCCCUCCGCUGGGUGAACAACCCUGGAGUGGACGACAGAGGAGUGGGUCAGGCAGCGAUCAGAGGAAUGGUUGGAGAAGGGAGGAGGCUUGCUGGAGGCCUGUUAGGCCCUUAUCGCCAGGAUAUGGCUGGACGAUGCGACCGAACAGAGGCCCUAAUGACAUCUUUGGCAGACAUGGCUGGCAGGGGUGAAGCUGAGGCGCCUCAUGCACGAGCGACAGCCGCACAGCUACAGGACAGCCUCAAGGACCUGAGGCAGCAUAUGCAGGAGGUGAUGACCCAGGAAGUAUCAGAUGUUUUCAGUGACACCACCACCCCCAUCAAACUGCUGGCUGUGGCUGCAACUGCUCCUCCUGAUGCCCCCAACAGAGAGGAGGUUUUUGAGGAGCGUGCAGGGAACUUUGAGACCCACGCAGGUCGAUUAGGUGCAACCGCAGAGAAGGCGGCUGCCGUGGGAACAGGCAAUAAGAGUACAGUAGAGGGAAUUCACGCUGCUGUUAAAAAUGCCCGGGAGCUCACACCACAGGUAACCUCCGCUGCUCAGAUCUUGUUGAAGAAUCCCGGAAACAAAGCGGCAUAUGAGCAUUUUGACACCAUGAAGAAUCAGUGGAUCGACAACAUUGAGAGACUCACAGGUCUGGUGGAUGAGGCCAUAGACACCAAGUCUCUGUUAGAUGCCUCUGAGGAGGCCAUAAAGAAAGACAUCGACAAGUGCCGAGUUGCCAUGGCAAAUGUUCAACCCCAAAUGCUUGUUGCCGGAGCAACAAGCAUAGCAAGACGAGCUAAUCGGGUCCUGUUGGUGGCUAAGAGGGAAGUGGAGAACUCUGAAGAUCCACGGUUCAGAGACACCGUGAAACAUGCGUCAGACAUCCUCUCACAUACCAUCUCACCCAUGGUGAUGGAUGCUAAGGCGGUGGCUGGGAACAUACAAGAUAAAGCUCUGCAGAAGGCCUAUCUGGACUCCUGUCUGAGGAUUCUGGGUGCAGUCGGAAAAGUCAGAGAAGCCUUCCAACCUCAGGAGCUCGACUUCCCGCCUCCACCUCCUGACCUUGACCAGCUGCAUGUUAGCGACGAGCAGGCACCGCCCAAACCACCCCUGCCAGAGGGCGAGGUGCCACCCCCUCGGCCCCCUCCUCCAGAGGAAAAGGAUGAGGAGUUCCCAGAGCAGAAGGCUGGAGAGGUGCUCAGUGAGCCCAUGAUGGUGGCAGCCAGACAGCUGCAUGAUGAGGCUCGCAAGUGGUCCAGCAAGCCCGCCCAUCCUGAGGAUGAGGAGGCAGUAGAGGAGAGGGAGGUAGAUGAUGAAGAUGAGUUUACUGAUGGUGAGGAUGACUAUGAGCCAGAACUGCUGAUGAUGCCCUCCAACCAGCCUGUCAAUCAACCCAUGCUGGCAGCUGCCCAGGCUCUCCACCAGGAGGCGCGCAAGUGGUCCAGCAAGGGUAACGACAUCAUUGCAGCAGCCAAGCGGAUGGCUCUGCUGAUGGCAGAAAUGUCUCGGCUGGUGCGUGGUGGCAGUGGGAACAAACGAGCGCUGAUUCAAUGCGCCAAGGACAUCGCCAAGGCCUCGGACGAGGUGACAAGACUGGCUAAAGAAGUGGCCAAACAGUGCACUGACAGACGCAUCAGGACUAACCUACUGCAGGUGUGUGAGCGGAUCCCUACUAUCAGUACUCAGCUGAAGAUCCUCUCUACUGUUAAAGCUACUAUGCUGGGACGAACCAACAUUAGUGAGGAGGAGUCAGAACAGGCCACUGAGAUGUUGGUCCACAACGCCCAGAAUCUGAUGCAGUCGGUGAAGGAGACUGUCCGAGAAGCAGAAGCAGCUUCCAUCAAGAUCCGCACAGAUGCAGGAUUCACCCUCCGCUGGGUACGCAAGACCCCCUGGUACCAAUAAACAGAGCUGAUUAAUUAAAUGAGAAAGCACACAACUUGAGUAAAAGUAGCAAAGUGCACACUCAUUGUGAGUGAACUUGUGCACUUCUUCAAAGAGAGAACUGCAGGUGAUUUCUAUCCAUCCUCCACUGUAGUUUGUACCAGGAAGCUUAGGAUUUGGUAUCAACCAGGUUUCAUUUAUUGGAGUGAGUUCAGCUUUUGCCCUCCAGUUCCCUUUAUCUGUAACUGUGGAAUCACGCAGGCUAAUUUGAGACAGUUUUUAAUAUAUAUUUUUGGUAUGUUGUGUUACAAGAGUUUAUCCAAAUCCCAGAUAUAUAUUUUUUGCAUGAAAAUGUUUUCUAUUUUCUAAACAGCAAAAAUACGACAUUAAGAUAUGAUGUCUUUAGAGGACAUUUACUUUUGAUUCAGUUUUGUCGAUGAGAGUUUCUUAUCGUCUUUUGUAUAUACAGUAAUUAUUUGUUGAAUGAGCAACACUCAGCUAUGAGCUUUAUUCACUGAUUCUGACACUAAAGUGCGGAGCCUUGUCGGGGCUGACAAGCUCUCCUCUCGUCAUGUUUACUUUUAGUGAUAACACUGUUCUUAAUUGAAGAUCUACCAGUGAAUUCAAAGGUGAGACAUCAUCACUGCUGUCCGGUGAUGUUUAUACUUGAACAACUAAAAGGUCUUCUGGAUUUAAAGUGUUAUAACACUUAGGCAAUUAUACAGUUUAAAACAGAUGAUAUACUGUAAUUUUUUUUAAAGUAUGAUUUUCAGUAAAAAGGCAGGUUUUUGUGAUUGCUGGAAAGUAGAUAUGAAGUUUUCAUUUGACUGUGGCAGUAAGGUAUAAUUCAAGGAUAGCUGUGAUGUUUUAAUGUGUGUUUGGAGUUAUCUGUUUUAACUUUAUUUAACUUUCACAGUGAACAAUGCCAAAGGAUUUGUUUUAUGUUACUGUAAAUUCUUGAAAUACUUAAAUCCAGGUUAUUAAAAACAGCAAACAAGGCAGAUUUUUAUUUCUUUGGAGACCCUGGAGUUCUUUCUGAAGUCUGUUAUUUUCUACAGGGUUUUAUAAAUACUUAUUGUGCUUUGUUUCUGCACUAUCUCUGUAACAGUUGAACUGUUUGGGAUUUUUCUUUUCAAAGGUGAUCAAAAACG